UCAAAAGUGUUUAUGGCAAAACUUGAAUUUGAAUUUUAUAAAAAUAAAACAAUUAUGAAUAUAAUAAAGUCUUAAGGCUAUACAAAUAUUAAAGUAGUUCUUUUCAGAUUUAUUUUUUAAGUUAAAGUGGCUUAAAUAUGCCUAAAGAACAAUAUCGUGAAACAUAUGUCGGUAGAAAGAUAUCACAAGUCACCUUCAAUGUGGACAGUGCAUCAGAUAUUCAGUUAGCUGCAAACAUACAAGUGAUAACCAAAAACUUAUAUGCUCAGGAUGGGCUAAGAGUGCCAGCUAGCUAUGGAGUCCUUGAUAGGCGCAUGGGGACGAAUCAAAAAGAUGCCAAUUGUGAAACGUGUGGCCUGGGUCUGGCAGACUGUGUGGGCCACUAUGGGUACAUCGAGCUUGCCUUACCUGUAUUCCAUGUGGGCUAUUUCCGAUCCAUUAUCACUAUCCUACAGACUAUUUGUAAGAACUGCGCAAAGGUCAUGCUUCCCGAAACACUGAAGAAGUCAUAUCGCCGCAAAUUCGCAAAUCCCGAAAUUUCUUACCUACAUAAGAAGAAUUUACGAGCAGCUGUCCUGAAGAAGGCAAAGACAUGCACCAAAUGUCCUCACUGCGAGUCCAUUAACGGUGUGGUUAAGAAGAGUUCUGCUGGCAUCUUAAAGAUUGUUCACGAGAAGUAUAGGAAUAAGAAAUCAAGUGAUCCAUUAGUCAGGAGUGUGCUGAGUGAGUUCAAUGAGGCGAAAGAAGCUAAUAAGGAGCUGGCUUCAAUGCUAAGUUCUGGUAACAUUGUUAUUGAAAUGAAUCCACUGGAGGUCCUCAGCCUAUUCCGGCGGAUUCCGGAACAAGACAUUCCACUCUUGGGCAUGAACGUGAAGAGCUCCAGGCCCGAGGAUCUGAUCCUCACGCGGCUGCCCGUACCCCCGCUCUGUAUCAGACCCAGUGUAGCAUCCGAUAUUAAGGCUGGCACCAACGAAGACGAUCUGACCAUGAAGCAGUCCGAGAUCCUGUUGAUCAACGACGUGAUAGCGCGCCACGUGGCCAGCGGCGGCAAGUCGGAGCUGGUGCAAGAGGACUGGGACUACCUGCAGCUGCACUGCGCUCUCUAUAUAAAUAGCGAGAUGUCCGGCAUACCGCUGUCUAUGCAGCCGAAAAAACCUGGGCGGGGUCUAGUCCAGCGUCUCAAGGGCAAACAGGGCAGGUUCCGGGGCAACCUGUCGGGCAAGCGCGUCGACUUCUCCAGCAGAACCGUCAUAUCCCCGGAUCCCAACUUGCAGAUACAGGAGGUGGGCGUGCCGGUGCACGUGGCGCGCACGCUCACGUACCCGGAGCGCGUGUUCCCGGCGAACCUGCGCUGGCUGCGCGCGCUCGUGUGCGCCGGCCCGGACGCGCACCCCGGCGCCAACUACGUGCAGCAGCGCGGCCUCGCGCACAAGAAGUACCUCAAAUACGGGAACAGGGAGAAGAUCGCGCAGGAGCUUAAGUGCGGCGACAUAGUAGAGCGCCAUCUGGUGGACGGUGACGUGGUGCUGUUCAACCGGCAGCCGUCGCUGCACAAGCUGUCCAUCAUGUGUCACCGCGCUAAGGUCCAGCCGCAGAGGACCUUCAGAUUCAACGAGUGCGUGUGCACACCGUACAAUGCGGAUUUCGAUGGGGACGAGAUGAACAUGCACCUGCCGCAGACCGAGGAGGCGAGGGCGGAGGCGCUCAUACUUAUGGGAAACAAAUCGAACCUGGUGACGCCACGGAACGGCGAGCUCCUGAUAGCAGCUACUCAGGAUUUCAUCACCGGCGGCUACCUCAUCACCCAGCGCGACUCGUUCUUCACCCGCGAGGAGGCGCAGCAGCUGGCCAGCUGCCUGCUCGCCGGGCCGGACGCCAACAUGCGAGUGGACAUGCCCCCCCCAGCCGUGCUGAAGCCCAGGCGGCUGUGGACGGGGAAGCAGAUUUUCAGUUUAAUAAUGAAGCCGAAUAAAGAGUGCAAGGUGAUGGCCAACUUGGAGACAAAAGGCAAGAACUACACCAGCAAUAAGGACAUGUGCGUGCAGGAUUCUUACGUGAUAAUUCGCAAUUCUGAACUGCUCUGCGGCUCCAUGGACAAGAGCACCCUGGGCUCCGGCACCAAGACCAGCAUUUUCUACAUACUGCUAAGGGAUUGGGGGGAGGAGUAUGCUGUUAGGGGAAUGUGGAGAUUAGCCCGUAUGGCGUCCUACUAUAUGAUGAAUCGCGGCUUUAGUUUUGGCAUUAUCGACGUAACGCCGGGCAAGAAACUUAUAGAGGCCAAGAACAAAUUGCUGGAGUCUGGCUACUCCAAAUGUGACGGUUACAUCCUGGAGAUGGAGAAGGGCACCCUGCAGUGCCAGCCGGGCUGCAGUAUGGAGGAGACCCUCGAAGCUGUGAUGCUGAGUGAGCUGAGCAGCAUCAGAGAGUUGGCAGCCAAGGCGUGUUUCAGAGAAUUACAUCCAACGAAUGCGCCACUUAUUAUGGCUCAAAGCGGAUCUAAAGGUUCAAACAUUAACAUCUCCCAGAUGAUCGCGUGCGUGGGCCAGCAGGCGUUGAACGGGAAACGAGUGCCGAAUGGCUUCGAAGAUAGAUCUCUACCACAUUUCGAGAGACACUCAAAGAUUCCAGCGGCGCGUGGCUUCGUCGAGAACAGUUUCUACACCGGCCUAACGCCGACUGAGUUCUUCUUCCACACGAUGGGAGGUCGCGAGGGUCUCGUGGACACUGCCGUUAAGACCGCCGAGACGGGCUAUUUGCAGAGGAGGCUCGUUAAGUCGCUGGAGGACCUGGUGCUGCAGUACGACAUGACGGUGCGCAACGCGACGGGCGAGGUGGUGCAGUUCCAGUACGGCAGCGACGGGCUGGACCCCAGCUGCAUGGAGGGGCGCGACCGGCCCGCCGACCUGCCGCGCGUGCUCGCGCACGUGCGCGCGCUCUGCCCCGCCAGAGACGAAGAGCCCCUGGAUGCAGACAGGAUCAUGGAAGCGGCCGAAGAAACCCUCGCUUUGGAUGACUUCAAGACCUGCACCCAAGAGUUCAAAGCUGAGCUAUUGUCAUUCCUCAAAACGAUAUCGUGCAAAGUGCGCAACCUGCGCAUGCGCUACGCGUCGUGCGGCGCGCUGGCGCUGCAGCUGGAGCGGCUCACGCUGCCGCAGCUCGUGCGCUUCCUGCGCGUCUGCCACGACAAGUACCAGCGCAGCGUCAUCGAGCCCGGCACCGCCGUCGGCGCGCUCGCCGCGCAGAGUAUCGGCGAGCCCGGCACCCAAAUGACCCUGAAGACGUUCCAUUUCGCUGGCGUGGCCUCCAUGAACAUAACCCAGGGUGUGCCCCGGGUGAAGGAGAUCAUCAACGCGAGCAAGAACAUAUCGACGCCGAUCAUCACCGCGGAGCUGACGCAGCCGCACGACCAGGAGUUCGCGAGGAGGGUCAAGGGGCGGGUGGAGAAGACUACGCUGGGAGAGAUAACUACAUACAUAGAAGAGGUCUACUUGCCCACGAGUUGCUUCCUCCUGAUACGGCUGGAUGCGGAGCGAAUCAGAUUACUCUGCUUGGAAGUGAACGUGCACUCUAUUGUUUAUUCGAUAUGCACGUCCAAACUGAAAAUAAAACCGAGCAACAUAGAGGCAGUGUCGGAGUGGGCGAUCAAGGUGUACGCGGAGGGCGGCAAGCACGGCGGCUGGCUCAACGUGGCGCUGCAGCAGCUCGCGCGCCAGCUGCCCGCCGUCGCCGUCAAGGGGCUGCCCAAGGUGUCCAGGGCGGUCAUAGCCUGCGAAGAUUCCGGACCACAACCUAGAUAUAAGCUCUGCGUUGAAGGCGAGGGGCUGAGAGAUGUGAUAGCGACGUACGGCGUUGAAGGAACCAAGACCACUUCUAACAAUAUUCUGGAGGUGUACCAGACGCUCGGCAUCGAGGCGGCCGUGACGACGAUCAUCAGCGAGAUCCAGGGCGUGAUGGCCGGCCACGGCAUGAGCGUGGACCGGCGCCACGUGGCGCUGCUCGCCGCGCAGAUGUGCGCGCGCGGCGAGCUGCUCGGCAUCACGCGCUACGGGCUCGCGCGCAUGAAGGACUCCGUGCUCAACCUGGCCAGCUUCGAAAAAACGGCGGACCACUUGUUCGACGCGGCGUACUACGGCCAGCGGGACAACAUCGAGGGUGUCUCCGAGUGCAUCAUCCUCGGAGUACCAGCGGCCAUUGGAACUGGUCUUCUGCAGUUGCUGCAUCAGCACCCGCACCAGAAACACCAGAAUACAAAUAAAUUGUUGUUUGAUGACCCGGAGUUGCAUACUUCGAUAUGGGAGUGAUCUAGUGUUUUGGAAAUAAAUUAUUUUGUUAAA